CACCCAGAACUGAUUCAGAUCAGGACUGAAGAUGGUCACAUCAUUUCACAAAACGUCCCUCCUAACCUAUUUAUAGUAACCCUUGCGAUUGAGCCUGAUCCAUCCCCGGGUCAGACCAACAUGAACAGGCUGUGUGUGUGUCUGCUGUCCGCGUAGAGCGCUCACAAAGUGCGCGGAUGGUUUGAUCCGGGUGGGUAGCGCUAGCCGUGCACAGCUGCUUUCCGUGGCUCGACCUGCCUGCAGCAUUCAAGGGACGGUGCUCCUUUAACCCAGCAAAGCACCAUGAAUCUCUUCCGUCUGAUAUGUCGCCAUAAGACAGCUCUGGUCAUUGGUACUGUGUGCAGUUUUGCUGUUGUCCUGGUCUUCUUGGCCAAAUGUACCUCAGAAACUCUGAAGCAGGGUCACCUGGAUCCUCCGGGCUUUGCUCCCAACACCAAGUCUUUGCAGUUCCGUCCAGACCACCAGAAUCCCAUGUCAUCUUCGAAAGACUUGUCAGCAUUUCUCGUGGUCCUCAUCACAACAGGACCCAAGUACACAGAACGCAGGAGCAUUAUCCGCAGCACCUGGCUUGCCAAACGUGACUCUGAUGUUCUGGCCAUGUUCGUGGUUGGAACUCAGGGCCUUUCCAGCGAAGACCUUCAGAAUCUGAACACGGAGCAAGGACGGCACAAAGACUUGCUCUUACUGUCUGAUCUUCGGGAUUCUUAUGAGAACCUGACACUAAAGCUGCUGCACAUGUACUCCUGGCUGGACCAGAAUGUGGACUUUAAGUUUGUCUUCAAAGCGGACGAUGACACAUUUGCUCGCUUGGACCUACUUAAAGAGGAGCUGAAGGGUAAGGAGCCAAGCAAGUUGUACUGGGGUUUCUUUUCAGGGAGAGGCCGUGUGAAAUCAGCUGGGAAGUGGCGCGAAAGCUCUUGGGACCUCUGUGAUUAUUACCUACCCUAUGCCCUGGGAGGGGGUUACAUUCUCUCAUCAGACAUGGUACGCUACGUGCAUCUUAACGCGGGCUACCUCAAGACAUGGCAGAGCGAGGACGUGUCACUGGGCGCCUGGCUGGCACCGGUGGAUGUUCGGCGGACGCACGACCCACGAUUCGACACGGAGUACAAGUCGCGAGGUUGCAACAACAAAUACCUGGUGACGCACAAGCAGAGUUUGGAGGACAUGUUGGAGAAACACCAGACUCUGCAGCGAGACGGGAGGCUCUGCAAAGAGGAGGUCAAGCUGCGGUUGUCCUACAUUUAUGACUGGAGUGUUCCACCGUCGCAGUGCUGCCAAAGAAAAGAUGGGAUUCCAUAGUUUCUGUCCUUUGCCUAAUAAUAUAUAUUUUAAUACAAAGUGAGGAAUGUUCACGUUUACCAUUGGAUUGUGUGGAUGCUUUUAGAAUUGUGCAACUGGUACUAGAUGCUGGAAGACAAAUAAUACUCCAGUUGAAAACUUCAUCCUAACGUGUAAAAAAAUCACAUUCUUAUAUUUAUGAAAACAUAAAUGGAUCCAGUGUAGAACUGAUAGCACCAAUUGUUUCCUCAUUUCCUCCUUCACAUGCACUGUUACCUAUAAACCGGCGCUAUCUCACCAGUCCUUAGCUGGACAAGAGGAAAGAACCGCUUUAAUCAAGAGCUGGAAUAAAACAAGCUCACCGCCUGUAGGCUUUCUGUUCUUCAUCUCAUAGAAAGCCAUAUUUGGAAUUAAUUAUGUGCUUUGCAGCAUCAUCUGGCAUGUAAUAAACCUCCUUAAACAUGCCACCUGCAUAUUAUUUAGUGUCGCUGCAUACUUUUGAAUAACAUAUGUCAACAGAUGCUCAGUAGGAACCACUUGGUGUUCAAAAAGUGUAGUGCCGCCAGGUGUUAGUGAAACACCUGAUGUUGCUUAUCAAACUUCUAUUGGUGUAGAAUUAGUAACGCUGCUCUUAGAUUUUUUUUUUUUAUUCGAGUUUUGUGUAUUCAGCUUAUACAGUGGGUAGUAGUCACUAACUAACGGCCAGGUGGGGCUCUUAACAUUAUCUAGUGAUCACCAACCUUAAAAUUAAUUAUUAAUGCCAAAACUGCUUUCUGUAAAAACACACUAUGCAGCUGAGAUGAGACAACAUGCUGCAUAGAACUGUGAUAGAGCAGAGUUGUAAGAAAAACAUUUAAUUGCAGACGAUAUUAUUGCAAUUCUUCAAUAAUAACGCAAUUUCACAGCACAGUGCCGAACUAUUUUGUGGGUUUUCUAAGAAGCUCUAUGGUGGAAAAUUUUCUCUCUCAUUUAAACUGGGUGGAGCUCGAAAGCCGAUGCUAAUAUUCACUAUAGUUUGGAAGUAUUUAAACAUUUUCAGAUCCCUCAAGAUGUUCAGUCAGAGCUUCGACAAAUAUGGUUUCUAUGUGGUUUUUGCGGAUGUGUGAUUAGGAAAAAAACCUUUCAACCAAGCCGAAGAUUGGUUUAAAACUGUCAUUAUAGUCUAGGCUUCCUUCUCAAGUCUGUUGAUUUAGUCUUUGCAUAUGUUAAUGUGUUGUGAAGACACUAAUACAUUAAUUCCCUCUGAUUUGUUUUUACAAACAGACGGGCUUUUAAACCCAGCUGUUAUCUUUUCUGUGUAGUCUUGUACGUUUUCAACCUCAAGUUGGUCAACAUAAGUAUUUUCCCAAUUUAACUUCUCACUUCCUGAAUCAGAGGCCAAUGUCAAUCCUGUUCUUUUUUGGUAGUUUACUGCUUGGACCUCGCUGUGAUCUCCAGUUUACAACCUCAGUAACUUAAAUCCGUAUGUGCGUCACCUGCUGAAACUUCUUUGUGGGCAAUAUUUAAAGUGUCAUCGCACAUGGAAACCUGGUCAUUACUCCCCCAUAUGAUUUAUUUCCCUUUUUAUAUUCUGUGAAAGUAAUUUUUUUUGUGAUUUAUUUAUUUAUUAUUAACUUAUUCUGUAGCCACGCAGCACUACAGUUUGGACUUCAGUGCAGUGGAUGUUACGUUGGAACAUGUUGGACUUAAUGAACAGAAAUAAUGAAUGAGAAAUGUUCUUUUUUUUAAAAAAAACACACACAAAAAAAAAAACUUGUUUAUGAACAAUGCUACACAAGGUUUGUUAUAAAGGUGCAAAAGAAAAUGUUUGAUUAUAUCUUAUUGAAAAGGCCUUCCUCCUUAUAGUAAAACUAAUGUGAGAAUGAUAUCACAAACACUAACAGUACGGGAGUUUUUUCCUUUUUUGUACCGUCAGGGUCUGUAUUUAUUGUGCUAAUCGUGAAUGUUUGUUAGCAGCACACCAGGCACUUUUUUCUUUUUUCUAAUUACUUUUAAGUUCCUGUAAUGUUUCUUUGUGGAUUAUUGUUGUUUCUGAUGUGACUCUUCACCAUAAACUCUCCUUUUUAAUGUCUGUAACGUCUUAACACUUUGUGAAGUUUAUGUAACAGAUUUGAAUAAUGGGCUGUAACAUCGUCUGGCUUCCUGUUGGUUUGAUUUUCAGUUUGUAAAAUUGUUUUACAUGUUUCAUCUUCAGAAAGUUCAGAAAAAAAAGAUAAAAAAGAUGAACUUUAAAGCUUAUUUUUAAUGGCUCAAGUUAUGUUUUUGAAAAUGUUGCAUUUUCUUUGUCCUCUGCGUUUACUCGUCACUUCUUAUGUUUCUCUGAUUGCUAUUACAUGUCUAAAUGUUUUUAUUAAAUGCAUUCUUGUCAUUUCAAAUUUACUUUGGCAAUUUUGUAAAGAGUUAAAUCUUUUGUCAGGUGCACUGCUGUGGAUGAAAAUGUCUUUCCUCUAACAGAUUUUAUUUUGCCACGAGUAGAAGUUAGAUGAUGAGCGUCAUUUGAAUAUUAGACCGGGUAAAUAUAAAUACAAUUUUUAAAAGAUUUCAUUUAAUUAGCAGAAGAAAAAUGAUCAAAACUCACCGUCAGAUUUGUAGAAAAACAGUUUAAAAGUGGCAGUGAGUCUUUUAUGUCACUCUGGAGAACUAUGUGCCAAGUCUUUUCCCACAAUUCUUAUAAUUUAACAUUUGAAGGUUUUCAUGCAUGAAAGGCGUAUUUAUGGUAUUAACCACAACACAGCAAUUGGAUUUUGUUGCAUCUUCUUUUUAGUCGGCAGUAUUUUUCUGCUUGGCACUUCCACAUGGAUGCUGUUUAUUUUGAAUCAUAAACACUGACCUUAACCAAGGCAGAUGAAGCAUAUAUGUUGUUUUGUGUUCUUUGUGGCUUCCUGGAUGAGUCAUCUUUGACCACUCCCCAACUUCUCCUGGGAAGGUUUGCCACUGUCCCAUACAUUCCCUGUUUGUUGCUUAUAGAGAUAACUCAGCAGUUCUGUCAUUCUGCCCCUGUUGAUGUUCUGUCACCCUCCUCUUCUGGCUCAGCAAAGUGUUGGUGCUUCAUUUGCGCUGUUGCAAUGAGACAGCAGUGAUGGGAAGCCUGGCUUUUUU